CCCCUGUGACAACAGAUCUGCAUAAAAGGAAAAUGAACCUUCAGCUGAAACAGAAAUACCAGAGAGUUCUGGUAUCUGGUAUUCCAGAAAGUUCUAGGAUUGUUUUUGACUUUUUCAUGACAGUAAAUGAUUUGACUUUUGUAAAGUUACUAAUAAGCCCACAAACAAGCUUUAAUGACAGAACUUUGGCUGCUUGAAUAGAAAUACAUUGAAAGUGAAUGAUUUUAUUUAAUCAAUUUUUUGAACACAGCUCACAUGACUCCAGAUACCGUACUGACAUACGGGGGCAAAGAGCUGGAUUCAGACUCCAAACCUCUGGGAGAAUAUGGACUCAAACCCAAGGCUCUGAUCCAGAUUUACUUUUAAUAGAAACAUAGACAUGGCCACAAGGCCAUUACUUUUAGCCAAGGGUUGGCAAUAAUCUUUUUCAGUCUUUUCAGCCAAAUGACUCCAUCUUUACAUAAUUUGCUGCACGUGAUAAAAUGAACUCGAUACUCUGUUGUGUUUUUGCUGGUAAGGAACCCCCACAUAGUUAUGCUUUGUCUGCAGCCAACAACAAAAUUUCUCCAUCAAGCAUUUACAGGAAUCGGAGGCUUGUCUUCCAUUGAAAUGACUGGAGGCGGAGUUUAUUAUAAAGCUGUUUUGCUUUCACUUUUUCACAUGAAUGGAAGAAGACAGAGCUUAAAGAAAAAUUAAAACAGUUUGGUCAUUUUGCUCCAGGACUUUAUAAAACUAAUUUCCGCACAAUGGGUGGAAACAAAAUAAGUAAUAUGGAAAAAGUCUACAAUCUGACAGAUACAACUUUUAAAUUUGUGGAUAGAGUGGAUGAAUUAGACUUUCUCUGUGAAGAAUUUGCGUCUCCCAGAGCAGAGAUGUCCUGUGGUCAUGCUGUGACUCCCAUGUCUCUCACCAACUGGUGCCGCUUGCUCCUUGAAAAGGGGGAGAGCCGGUUUGUUUGUGGCAUGAGUGGCUGUGAUAAGGAGUGGUCUUAUGAGGAGGUCUGUAAAAUGGCUCUACUGACCCCUGAGGAGAAGGAGUACUUUGAAAAAACUAUGGAAAGCAUCGCUGAAAGAGAAAGGAGGAAAAAUACUAAAUCAUGCCCUGAAUGCAAAGUUCCUGUGACGAGGAAAGAUGAGUCAAACCUGAGUGUGCGUUGCCAAAAUUGCACAAACAAAAAGGGACAGGCCUACGAGUUCUGCUGGCAGUGUCUGAAAGAAUGGAAGGGUCCACAGCCACGCACAGACUGCUGUGAUAAUGACGGCUGCUUCAGUGAAGCUCUGACAACUCUGAGGAACUGCCCAGAUAUCGUCUUUGAAUCGGUUCCAAAUGCUUCAGGGUGUCCCUGCAUCCGGGCCUGUCCCACCUGUGGAUCUCUGCUGCAGCACAGUUCAAAAAACUGUAAAAAUGUUGUGUGCCCUCGUUGUAAGGUUCAGUUUUGUUUUUUGUGUGUAAAAGUCACAGCUGAAUGUCGAAAAUUAAGUCACUCUUACAUAACGUGCGUCAGUGGAGUCGCCCCCAGACAAACCUCCAUCCCUGUGUGGCAUCAAAACCCAACAUCAUAAACGGCACACUUUUGCGCAUUUGAGUGUUUUUGCAACAUAGCUGCACUUUAAAAUAUAGUCUACCGCAUGAAACAUGGCCUCUUUAAAAUAGAGGAGAUGGCCCAUACAGACCUGUUAACCUUCAUCAUAAAUGUCUGUGUUAUUGUUUCAUAGUAGGCGUUUGUUUACUAAGAUGUGGUUUAGAUCAAAUCUUUGCAUUUGUAGUUUAAUAAAAUCAAAUCUAUAAACUAAAAAA